GUCUUAUCAAUGAUGUCCCAGUAGCUUAGGAAAGACAAGGGUGCUAAGUCUCUCAUUUCCUGUUUGGAACAACUCCAAAAUUACACUAGCCCUAUGUGCACAAGCCAUGAAGAAAACAACUUUAUACCACAAGAAAUCAUACAGUAUCCUCAAAAACAAAUUCAAUACUACAAAUAUCACAACUCUGAACCUUGCCUUGCAACAACAAACCCCAGUUGGUCUUCCUGUAUAAGAAAACACGUCUCUAAUGGAUCAUACAAAGAAGCUAUUGUUUUAUACAAUCAAAUCCGCAGCAAAGGAGUGUACUUUUUGGGAUUAGUACCUUUAGUCCUUAAAGCUUGUGCUUAUGUUUCCGUGCUGAAUUGUGGGAAAUCUUUGCACAGUGAAGCAAUAAAGCACGGAGUAGAUUAUAAUGUACAUAUUGGGACAUCAUUGGUUUCUAUGUAUGCAAAAUGUGGUGAUAUACCCGAUUCGCGUAAGCUGUUUGAGUAUAUGCCUGAGAGAAAUGUUGUGACAUGGAAUGCCAUGAUUAGUGGGUAUGUUAAGAAUGGGGACAUGAAAUCAGCAUCAGUUUUGUUUGACAAAAUGUCGACUAGAAAUGCGGUUUCUUGGAUUGAAAUGAUAGAUGGGUUUGCCAGAAGUGGAGAUAUGGUUGCCGCUAGGCGUACGUUCAAUGAGGUACCAUUUGAAUUGAAAAAUGUGGCGACGUGGACUGUGAUGAUUGAUGGGUAUGCGAGCAAAGGAGAGAUGGAAGCUGCAAGAUUGCUUUUUGAAGGCAUGCCUCAGAGGAAUUUCUUUGUCUGGUCGUCCAUGAUUUCAGGGUAUUGUAGGAUAGGUAAUGUUAAGGAGGCGAGGGCUAUUUUUGAUCGUGUUCCAGUUAGGAACUUGGUGAACUGGAAUUCUUUGAUUUGUGGUUACUCGCAUAAUGGGUUUUGUGAGGAAGCUUUGGAUGCCUUUGGGAAGAUGCAAGAUGAGGGUUAUGAGCCUGAUGAAGUUACAGCAGUGGGUGUUUUAUCUGCCUGUGCCCAGUUGAGUCUACUGGAUGUUGGUAAAGAUGUGCAUAAGAUGAUAUGUGCGAAAGGGAUGAAGCUUAAUGAGUUUGUUGUGAAUGCGUUAGUGGAUAUGUAUUCGAAAUGUGGGGAUUUAACUGGUGCACGAUUGAUCUUUGAACGAAUGGCCAAUAAAAAUAAUGCCUGUUGGAAUUCUAUGAUAUCAGGCUUUGCCGUUCAUGGGAAAACCAAAGAGGCUCUAGAGUUCUUCGGGAGAAUGGAAGAGUCAAAUGAGAAGCCUAACGAAAUAACCUUUCUGUCUGUUCUCUCGGCUUGUGUCCAUGGGGGAUUUGUAGAAGGUGGUUUGGAAUUUUUUUCUAAGAUGAAGAGAUACGGGUUGUCAGCAAGUAUCAAGCACUAUGGCUGUCUGGUUGAUCUUUUGGGGCGAGCAGGAAGAAUACAGGAUGCUUAUCAUGUGAUCAAGAGUAUGCCAAUGAAACCAAAUGAUACGGUUUGGGGUGCUUUCCUUGGAGCUUGUCGAAUUCAUAUGGAUAAUGAUAUGGUGGAGCAGGUGGUAGAAGAUGUUUGCACAUCGGAUUCUAGUGUUGAUUCUGGAAAUGAUCCUCAUUAUGCUUUGUUGUUGAACAUAUAUGCUGGUUCUGGUUGCUGGGAGAAGGCUGGAAGGGUGAGUAUGGUCAUGGCGGAUAGGGGGCUUCAAAAGACUUCUGGACGCAGCUCACUUAUGCUUGAAAAUACAGAACAGUUUCAUAUCUGAUCUAGGUCACUGUUACCAUUAAAGAUUGAAUCCAUGGUUUACAGGAACCAAUAAAAUAUCUGGUUUACUGGUUAGGCAUCCGGGUGAAGUUUCCAGUGACAUUGUUGCACUACCCUCUUGUCACUAUAAAUAGGACAAAAGGAGGUUCACUUGAAGAAGAAUGUGGGCAAUAUAUGGCGAUUCUUCUGCUCUGCUUUUUGAUUAGAUAGGGACCCCAUCCCCUGGAUUCAUGAUAGACUUGUGAAGGCAAAGGUUUGGCAAAUGGUUGUCAGUAGAAGAUGCAACACAGCAGCUCUAGUGCUCUCUGCUUAAGUAUUCUGCUUGUGUAUGCAUCAAUCAACUUCCAGAUAACAUCAGGAGAGCUUUUCUUGAAGAUUAGAUCAUAUAGAUCAUAGUUUAUUUUGUGUAAAAUAAUUCAGCCGUGCCUUAAAUGCACUCUUUUUUGUUGCAACCUCUACAGAGCUUUUCCCAAAGUUCCUUUGCGUAAGAUAAUACGUGGAACUCAAUUGUUCUGUAAAUACACUAUUGUAACUGUUUUUCUUGUUGAAAAUUACAAUGUUGG